CUCUUGGGGCCACCAGCCGAGAUCCCCCUUCUCCUGUGAAUGACCGCUGAGGAAGACAAUGAAUGAGGCGAAGGAGUCUCUUCGAAACAUCGAGCAGAAGUACAAGCUCUUCCAACAGCAACAGUUCACCUUCAUCACCGCGCUGGAGCACUGCAGGGAGAACGCCCACGACAAGAUCCGGCCCAUCGCCAGCAUCGGACAGGUGCAGAGCUACACGGAGCAUUACUGCAACAACGCCACAGACCGGCGCGUUCUGCGCCUGUUCCUGGACAUCUGCGCAGAGCUGAGCAGGCUGUGUCAGCACUUCGAAGCCCUGCACUCCGGCAGCCCGGCCACCAGCAACCUGCUCGAGAAAUGCAAAUCCCUGGUUAGCCAAAGCAACGACCUGAGCAGCCUCAGGGCAAAGUACCCUCACGACGUGGUGAACCACCUCAGCUGUGACGAGGCCAGGAACCACUACGGAGGCGUCGUCAGUCUCAUCCCCAUCGUCCUGGACUUAAUGAAAGAAUGGAUCGCCCACUCGGAGAAGCUGCCCCGCAAAGCCCUGCAGCAUGUGAGUGAGCCCCAGGCACACCAGGAAGCCACCGGGGCGGCCACUCGCCCUGCCUGGACCACAGGCACCCAGCCUCGGUUAAGGAAGCACAAACGUAGCCGACUUACAAAAGACAGCCCCAAACCUAGGGGGAAUGACACAGGAUGUCUCAAACCUCCCUGGAGACCGCCUGGCGGGAAACUGUAACUCAGAGCCGGCAAGCUGCUGCGUCCCGUAGGGUGCUUGGUCACUUAACUUGGUCUCCACCGGCUGAUCCAUUCUUUGGCGCCCACAGUCCCCGCCACGGAUGAACCCCAGAGGGCCUGCCUGAUACUGUUGAGAAACUCUCUCCCUCUGUCACUUUCACUUCUAAGCUCUCCUCGCCUGAGUGUCCGGCUCUGUGCCAAUGAAGAGGACCCCCACUUCCGGUGUUGGUGGGAGUGGGUGUCCCGGGGA